ACGUAUAUCCAUGACUACCCCCGAAAAACCCUAAUCUUCAAAACCCCUUCAAAGCUACACACUUCCUCCGGCGGCCGGCGGGGACUCUCUGUGCCACCCCUCUAGCCGGCGCCUCUCCGCUUCUCAAACUAAAACCCCCAAACUCCAUUUUCGUUUUGCUUCAAAAUUUCACCCAAAAUGUCGAUGUCAAAGAGUUCCAAAAUGCUUCAAUACAUCAAUUACCGUAUGCGUGUUACAAUACAAGAUGGUCGUCAAUUGAUCGGAAAAUUCAUGGCUUUCGACCGACAUAUGAACCUCGUGCUUGGAGACUGUGAAGAGUUCCGUAAACUUCCUCCCACAAAAGGGUCGAAAGAAGAACGUGAAGAUCGCCGUACACUUGGUCUUGUUCUUAUCCGUGGCGAGGAGGUUAUUUCCAUGACUGUUGAGGGACCACCUCCUCCUGAUGAAUCACGAGUCAAGGGUACUACUGCCGGUUCUGCAGUUUCCGGCCCUGGAAUUGGUCGGCCCGCUGGUCGUGGUAUUCCUACUGGGCCGUUGGUUCAUGCUCAACCGGGACUUGCUGGACCUGUUCGUGGGGUUGGUGGGCCUGCUCCGGGUAUGAUGCAGCCUCAACUUUCUCGGCCUCCGAUGCCUCAAGUUUCUGCUCCACCGAUUAAUUACCCACAGCAGCCGCCGCCAAUGAUGAGACCGCCGGGUGGUGGGCCACCAAUGCCACCGCAAGGUAUGCAGAUGCAAAGACCUGGGGGCCCUCCGCCUAUGGCACCACCACCACAUUUCCGGCCUGGUGGUGGUCCACCACAGUUUCCACCGCAGUUUGGUCAGCGGCCCAUGGUUCCUCCACCUCCCAUGAUGAGGGGUCCGCCUCCACCUAGACCAGGAAUGCCUGGUCAACCGCCUCACCCGGGUAUGCCACCCCCACCUCCCGGUGGUCAGGUUCCUGUUUAUGGACCUCCUCGUCCUGGUAUGCCUCCACCGCCGAACCAGCAGCAAUAGUAGAAAUGUGUAAAGUUCCUGUAAAGGUAAACUAAGUCAUAUCUCCCCCUGCGUGCCUGGAUGGUGGUGUUGCAAAGAAUCACUGGGCUUACGGCUAUUUCAGCUACGUGGACAGGUGAUCAAUCUUCAUGCUGUAUGCACCCAACAUUCUUCGGUUUUUGCUACAGUUGUAAAAUUCGCGAGAUAGGAGAUUUCAAAUCGAUGUACUUUAUAAUAUCUUUCUUUCCUUUUCUAUAUUAAAACUGUGAUUAUUUGAUAUUAACUGAAAGAGCACUUACAGUUGUGGUGAAGGGUGCUGGUAUAUGCAGCUCAUGUCCUCUAUUGAUCUUUCUCUAGAUGGCACAUAAUUCUUGAA